AGAACUCGACACCUUACAUCUAUGAGUCAGGGCCCCAGCGGCCGCUCGCCGUCCAAAAUGUAGUUCCAGACACAGCUUUGUCUGUUACAUAUGCAAUGAACGGCAAUAUUUCCGGCCUAAGGGAAUUGUUUUCUCAAGGGCUUGCGCAACCCGGCGACAUGAGCGCAACCCGAGGGUUUAGCUUGUGGGCGCUCUAUGGUGGACUGAACCAGUAUGCAACAGUGCAAUACUUGUUGCAAGAAGGGGCACCAGUCGACGACGAAUCGUAUGACCACGUGAAUGACUUUAUACACCGCAAAAGAUGCAAAUCGGAAGAGGAAGUAGCUCUAAAACCCAUCUGGAGUAAAGGAACUCGAGACUGGUUUGAUGUCCAAAACUUUCCACAGAUCCACAGGAUCUUGUUGGCAGGAGGUCCAGAUUUCAGGAUCUCACUGGUCAACGAGCUCAAGAGCAACCCGAACGCCGUCUUCGAAAAGGACGCGAAGGGGCGUACGGUUUUAGACUGGGCCACAGCCAGGGCGCAGCUGGAUGUUAUGAGGCUCCUCAUUGGUAGCUCAAACGUAGACUCCAUGGAUCGCAGUGGUCGCACCACAGUCUUGCACGCAGUUGACAGCCACAACCACGCAGCUCUUGAAAUGGUCUUGAAAGCCGGCGCGAAUCCCAACCCUAAAAUUCCGGAGGGCUGGCAUCGCAGUAGCCCGCUGACGUCGGCCAGCUUUGGCGGUUUGACAGAGAUGGUCGACUUACUCCUAGAACAUGGCGCCACAAUCAACACACGCAAUCCGGAAGGUCGGGCGGCACUGCAUACGGCGAUAAUCCGCAACAAGCACGAGAUUCUACGUAUUUUCGUUGAAAAGUGCGAUGGUGAUUGCUUGAGGGAGCUCGAGCUGCUUCCUGUCAUCGCCCAACAUGCGGACGAACAAACCAAGGCGAUCCUCAAGUCGUCCGGCCAGUUUCCGGAAAUUUUUGAUUUUGAUUACGAUGGUAGUUGGGAAAUAGUGUAACUGCGCAAGACUACGGCAGGACAUGCGUCGAACCACAUAAGAUA